AUGGGCUGCGGUGGCUCCAAAGAAGCUGUGGUCAAAGGCAAUUCCGGCAGCAGCAGAUGCAACCGCUUCCGGAAGAAAUCCAGCGUCGUCGCCGACGCCACCCAGCCGUCCCGUGUACCUCCACCAUCUGAUAAUGGCUCUGCCGUAGCUCCGAAGGCCAAUGACAAGGUGAUCACUGAUACAAAGGACAACGCAACCGCAUCGACGCAGAAGGCCAUUGAGGAGGAGAAAGAGGAGGGGAUCAAGAACAAGGCUGAUCAGGUUGUCAAGGACAGCAAAGAAGCGUUCGUUGUGAAGGAGGGCAAUGCGCCAUCAACAGUGAAUGCAAUUCCAGAGAACAAAGAGGAUGAAAUCAAAAAGGAUGAAGCAAUUAUCAAGGACGCUAAAGAAGUGAUCACCAUUGGGAAGGACAAAGAAGCAUCGACUGAGAAGGCCACCAAGGAUAAGGAACAGGAGGACAAGAAAGAUGAGGUUCUCAAGGAUAAAAUGGUUGCCAAUCAGAAGGCUGACGUGGCAUCAACCGAGAAUGUCAUCGCCGAGGAGGAAGAAGAUAUCAAGAAUGAGGACACCGUCGAGUUAUCGAUGGAGGGAGCCGUCGAGGACAAGAAAAACGAGGGUGACUACAAAGAGAUGGGAACUAUGGAGGAUGAUGGGGCUACACUGACUGAGAAUGAUGCAUCGUCCGAGGAUGAUGUCGAGGAGAGCAAGGAGGAUGACAGUGUCACCUUCCCAGUUGCAAUGGUGACCGAGGGGGAUGGCAGUGUUACCUUCAGAGUACCGUAUGAUGCCGUGACCAAGGACAAUGACAGUGUUACCUUCGCAACUGCCCCGGCGAACAAGACCAGCAACACGGUUGCCAUGGUGACUGAGGAGGAUGGAAGUGUGACCUUUGCAGUACCAGUUGCCCCUGUGACCAAGGAUGACGACAUUGUUACCUUCGCUGAUGCCCCAGCAACAAAGGACAAUGGCAUAGUUGCCAUGGCGACCGAGGAGGAUGGCAGUGUCACCUUUGCAAAACCGGUAGCCCCCGUGACCAAGGAUGGUCGCAGUGUUACCUUUACGGCUGCCCCUGCGACCAAGGACGAUGGCAGUGUUAUCUUGGCAGCUGCCCCGACAAGCGAAGACAAUGACAUUGUCACCUUAACGGCUGCCCCGGUUGCCAAGGAGGAGGACGUGGCAGAGCAACCUGAGCCUUCUGACAAUGAAGAGGUGAAAAAUGAGUCAGAGCUCCCAGAGCCUACUGUUUUUGAGGAUGAGUCCAUGACCGAAGUUGAUAGCACAAUGGAAGGGGAGGUGGGGGUGGCAGAGCAAUCUAAACCUUCUGAAGAUAAUGAGGUAAAAGAUGAUGCAGAGCUCCCAGAUCCUACUGUUGUUGAGCAGGUGGUGACCGAAGUUGUCGAGGCAUUGAAAGUGGAGGACGGGAGGGUAGACAACGUUGGGGAGAUCAAGAUCGAGCAGGAUGAGGAGAGUGUCUCCAAAGAGCUAGAGGAGGCGAAUUCUAGUGCAGUUUUGAGAGAUGAGGAUGGGGAAUCAGAUGGGAAACAAACCAUUGAUUCCAAGGAGACCAUAACCACUGAGGAAAAGGCAGAGGAGUUGGCUGUCCCAGAGAAGGAUGAUGAUGAUGAAAAGGCUCCUGCUCCAAGUGCAUUGGCUUUGAACUGA